GCUAGUUUGAGUUUAGUUACCAAAGUAGUGGAGUGAGAACACAUGUAAGAUCCUAAAGCUCAAGAACAUUGUGAACAGCCCAUGAAAAUAAAGGAAAUGGACAUGGAUCAAGUAGAAAAACAUUGAGAAGAAACAGUGUAGAUCUGAAACGAGUUUUCGAACAGCAGAUGACAAGAAAAAUUAUGAAGUUUCAGAAGACAAUACUUCAGAGAAGAAAGUUGUUAAGGAAAGGCAAGAAAUGUUGAAGAACAGUAAGCAUUAUCUGUACGUUACACAUCCUGUGACCCAGAGAAGCAAAAAAGUACACAGAGUAGGUUCAGCCACUUUCUUGAUUGGAAGGACACCCAAAGGAAUACGCAGGAGACAAUUUGAGCAAAUGGUAUCUCACUUUAAUAUGGGAUCAGUGAAGGACCUUGCAGAACACAUUGCAAAAGCUACAUCAGAAACCAGGCAGAAAAUGUUGAAGGAAUUCUAUGUUUCCAAGCAUCCAGAGAUGGAGUCUUUCUUCUCACUUGAAAUACCAGCAGAAGCUUCACAUAACUGUGAGGAAAGUGAACUAGGUAGAACACGCUCCAGAAAAAGAAAAUCCAUUGUUAAUUUUGGAAGAUCUGAGUCUAGACCUUCAUCAGCUAAAGGACUACUUCUGGGUGGAACUACAGAAACACAGACCCAGGAGGGCCAUAAAGGAGAAGCAGAACAGCUUCACAAGGACUCCUACUUCCAAGAUAUGUUUGUUGAUGCAAAAUAUAAACAAUCACCUACUAUUGCUGCUCAACAUAUCCAAAAAAGAAACAGUCAGGCAUUCAAGGAUUUUAUGCCAUCUGGUUCAUUAAGCAGUAAAUCAGAACUAAUUGAGGUGCUGCCUGUAAAAGGUUGUGAAGGACAGCAAGAUUCAGAAGAAAUACAGAUACCAAAGGAAAGAUUCAUGUCUCAGUCAGAAAAUAGAGACAGAAAAGCUCAGAUUUGCAAGAAAAAUUCUUUUGUGGACUUAAUUGGAGAUACCUCUAUUCUCGAUGAAAUCUUCAGAAAUGAUGGAAAUGGGUCUAGAGGAUCUCCAAGGGGAUUCUCUUCAGGACAAGCAGAAAAAUCAAAGGGGAGACCAAAAGAUUUCUGGGAUAUGCUGAAUGAACAGAAUGGGGACACCUUCAGAAAGCUCACAGAUAUAGCAGUCAUAGAGAAGCUUUGUGAAAGAGCCCCUCAUUCCACAGUGGCAGAAGAGAGAGAAGUGUGUGAAAGUUCUCUUUGGAAAAGAAAUGAAACUUUUUUGUGGAAAAAAUACAGUGCAGAUGAUUGAGAUGAACCAGCUACUGCUAAAGCUUGUAGUGUAGUAAAAUGAAAGUUUUCUAUGCAAGUUGCACUAUAACUAUUUUAUUUGAACUUUGACAGCAUUAUGCCACAAAAUAAGGUAAUUCCAUGAAAUUAAAGGUAAAAUGGUGAUUUUAUAUUUAUAGUGAUACAGAAUUACAUUUUACAAGUAAUUAUUUACUUGUAGUUAUUUACAAGUGAAGAUGUUUGCAAUUUCAUAUGCAAUGUAUAGUACAUAUAUGCAUAGUCAUGCAUAUGUACUGUAUGUUGUAACCUGUGGUAUAUAAUGAUUUUAUAUUAAAAUUUUUUAGAAUUUUUUGAGUGCAUUCUACUUUCUUUAAUUCUGAUUCUAUUCCUAGGCUCAACAGAAAUACUAAGUAAUUUUUUCCCUUUACUUAAAUUUGGACAUCAGCAGUCAUCUCAACACAAUUUAGAAAUAACGGAUUUGACAAUGACACUGCAUAUAUUUUCUGAGGUGCUGGAGACUGGAGGACUUCCUGAGAAAGGGAUGAUGUCUUUGUGUCUAGUAGCUUUUGAUGGAUUCCCAUCCUCCAUGAUUUUGCUCAGUCUCUGAAGCUGUGGACCUUUGAAAUAUUCAUAGUAUCCUAUAUAAGCGAGUUUCUCAGCUUGGUUGAUGUAAAGAACCACCAAGUUUUUUUAUUUGAUCUUUCUCAUUAAACUAUGUUAGGUGUCAAAUUUCAUCUCAUUACGCUUUGAUCUCCCUUUUUCUGUAGACUUCUGUCAUAUCUUUUUCAGGGAAUAUGCAGCACAGUAUAUGUGUUGGAAACAUGCAAUCCAGUGUAUAUGUGGUAAGGAAUUUCAACAUUUUGAUGGGUUAUCAUCUUACAUGUAGAAUGCUGGAUGCAAUAGAACUUCCAGAUGAAAACUGUACUUCACAGAUGGGAAGGAUGUAAGAUACUCAGUGUCGUAUCUCAUUUGCCAAGUAGUAUGUCACAUUUUUCAGUGGUACAGGACGAUGUGAAGAGUACCUUGUAACACAUAACUAGAAGAGAACAGAGCUUCAUGUUGCUCUGGAAACCUUAACCCUAAUUUUUGAUUUUUGUAAGCAUCAGUAUACAUGUUUACAUUCAAUAUACUGUAUAAACUGUUUUAUGUGAAGGGUAAAUGUUACGAAAUUUUGAAACCCUGGACACUGAACCUGCACAGCAGCAGUCUGUGAAUUGUGGUAGUUUUUGUGGUCUGGAAGACUGCCCACUGGAAAAUAAGCUUAAAUUUGAUCUGGGGCAGCUUCUACUUUAGAUCAUGGGAAGCUGUUGUAGACUAUACUCUGUCUCUGUUGUAACCAUUGAUUGUAAAAUCUGACUUAACUACCUGAAACAGGGAGCUGAAUGUUUAACAUAAAUGGUGUUCCCUAACUUUUUCUUACUCUGAGUCUAUGCUGUUACCACUUUAUUAUACCAAAUGGUAUAAUGGUCAGUUGCAACAGCUUUUCAAGAAGAAGUAUGAACUAAGAAAGUAAAAGAAGAAGCUCUUACACAUUGGUACAUUGGAAUUAUGUACAGCUAAAGAAAGCCAGCCUCAGCUAGGUAAUAUCUACACCCUCAUUGAUGUUAAUAAAUAUGAGAUAAAUUAAGGCCUUCUGUUCAUGGCAUCAGUAUUG